AUUGAAACGACGUCGUUUUAUCAGCUUCCGAUGGUAUAAAGGUAAAUUGUCGCUGGACUUCAGUGAGAGCUCGACGGUUUCAACGCUAACUCUUCUUGUUUCUCAGCUAAUCCAGAAUAUCGAAAAUGCCUGGGCAAAAGAUCGAGACAGGCCACCAAGACAUUGUCCAUGACGUGACAAUGGAUUACUACGGGAAACGCCUCGCCACAGCAUCUUCAGACAACACCAUCAAAAUAAUCGGAGUCACAACCUCGAAUUCUCAGCAUCUCGCAACCUUGACAGGUCAUCAAGGGCCCGUGUGGCAAGUCGCGUGGGCCCACCCAAAAUUCGGUUCCCUCCUCGCCUCAUGCUCCUACGACGGCAAGGUCAUAAUCUGGAAAGAAGGCAAUCCGAAUGAGUGGAGCCAAGCCCACAUCUUCGAAGACCACAAAGCCUCAGUCAACUCCAUCUCAUGGGCCCCACACGAGGUUGGCCUCUCUCUAGCAUGUGGAUCGUCCGAUGGCAACAUUUCGGUUUUCACCGCACGAUCGGACGAUGGGUGGGAUAAAUCAAGAAUCGAGCAGGCGCACCCGAUCGGUGUCACCUCCGUCUCGUGGGCCCCACCGACCGCCCCGGGCAGCCUCGUGGAUUUCAGUCAGCUCGAACCGGUUCAGAAGCUGGUCUCGGGCGGGUGUGAUAACACGGUGAAGGUCUGGAAGUUCGAAAACGGGGCUUGGAGAAUGGACUGCUUCCCUGCGUUGAAGAUGCACACCGAUUGGGUGAGGGAUGUUGCAUGGGCCCCGAAUUUGGGGCUUCCGAAAUCGACAAUUGCGAGCUGUUCGCAAGAUGGGAAAGUGUUGAUAUGGACUGCUGCGAAAGAAGGGGACCAAUGGGAGGGCAAGGUCUUGAAGGAUUUCGGAGGGCCUGUUUGGAGGGUUUCGUGGUCGCUUACUGGGAAUAUACUUGCUGUGGCUGAUGGGAAGAAUAAUGUCACUCUUUGGAAGGAAGCUGUGGAUGGAGAAUGGCAGCAGGUUACUACUGUUGAAUCGUAAAAAAAACUGUUCGUUUUCUGAUUAUCGAACCGUUCUUUUCUUUUAGGUUUUUUUACUCAUCUCGACUGGUUUUAAUCUGCUCUCUUCUCUGACUGGUUAUGGUGGAUUGAUUUGACUUCAAUUGAACAUGCUUUGUUUUGAUAUGGUUUAUUGUGUUUGUUU